AUGAACAAUAACAGGGUCCUCCCCUUUGUUGCACAGAUCAUGGUCAUGGCUAUUGUGAUCUCUGUGAUUUUGCUCUUUGUGGGAAUUGGCGUUCUUGUUUUGAUCCACGUUUGCAUAGUGGGUAGGGCUCUUAGGAGUGGUAUGAUCAUUGCAAGGUCUAAUGUUAACUCAGGUAACAGCAGUGGCAUAUCUCGAGAAGAUUUGCAGAGGCUCCCCUGUUUUGACUACAAAACAGGGGAUAAGGAGAAGGGGCCAAUUGAUUGUGCUGUUUGCUUGGAUGGUUUUCAAGGGGGUGAUAAGUGCAGGUUGUUGCCUAUUUGUAAGCACAGCUUCCAUGCUCAAUGUGUCGAUUCAUGGCUUUUGAAGGCACCAAUUUGCCCCAUUUGUCGAACCAGCGUUUGCCUGUCGAAAGUUGCAGAAGGUGGGUGCAGCCAUUUGGGUGAGGUUGGGUUUGAAUUGAGGGUUACCCAACCUGUUACAGUUGGGUUUCCGGUUAUACCAGAUGUGUUGACACCCACUUCACCUAUGGAUAGGUCUCAUGGCGCCAUUAGUCCUGCACAUGUGGGGGUUCAGAGUAGCUCAGCUGUUGAAAUGGCUUCUGGGUCUUGA